AUGUGGUCCAAGGUGUUUUCUCCUCUGCUCACCAACCGCCUUGCACCUGCGCAGAAGUUUCCACAGUUGAAACUUCGCCCGCUGCAACACCGGCUUCUUACACGCGAACGUCAAUGCAUUAUUUCGCUGACAUCGUUUGAUGCAAACAGCGUGGAAUUUGCUCGCCGCGAAAUAGCCCCUGGGAGCAUCGUGGAGGUGCGAGAUUCGGAGCGUCACCAUUUGCUCGCGUUGGGGUUCUACGAACCAGCGCUUCUGCGGGUGGACGUGUUUCAUUUGAUCCCAAAACUCAUCUCAGAGUUGCCCACAAUCGGCGAGGAAUUUUUCUUGAAUCGAAUGCGGGAGGCGUGGCAGAAACGUCAGCGUGUCUUUGGUAAUAUGGCAGUGAACGGCGAUAAUAACACGUACCGUGUCGUGAAUGGUACUGCAGACGGCAUCCCCUCCUUGUACGUGGAUCUCUACUCCUCUAGCUUUGCCCGCAUUGUAGCAACUUCCUUUGGAGCAGAGCGACUUGUUCCUUCUGUCGCGGAGUUCUUGAGAUGCUACGGGGCGGAGCAACUCUUGUUGGAUACACCGUAUUUGAAAGACCGCGAAAAACUCACCCUUGUUCAUCCUACUAUUCCCCUCUCGGCGGUAUACAUUGAGAAUGGAACGAGGCACCUGUGGAUUCCACCAGCGGAAACCCCUGCAACGCGAAGUAAUAGGUGGUUAAUUAACACAGCGCAUCGCAGGACACGUUUUGUACUUCGCGAGGUUUGUCGGAAUAAGCGUGUUUUGACUGUAAAUGACCGUAGUGGGUCUGCAGCACUAAAUGCCUUAAUGUCCGCAAAGAGUGUGUUGAUUGCUGAGGCCGAUGCUGCUCUGCUAGACCGUAUACGGGAAAACCUUGUUGCCAACCACGCCACAGCUGUAUUUAAUAUCUGCGAAACCGUUCCAUGUAAAAACAUCGAAGACUUGGAGGCCCGCCGACAAGACGUGGUUUAUUUGGAGCAUCACCCCGACACAUUGUCCUCUGAGGAACAAUGGCGGACAACACUGGCUGCAUUGCUGCGGCGUCGAAUUUGCGGCGAUGGCACUCUGCUCUUUGUGGCGCAAGAGGCUGCCCCGCUCGGCAUUCCAGAUCUUCUUCAGCAGCAUGCUUCAACCGAAUAUUUUGCGCCCGCUUCUCGGGAAACGGUUGCAACGGCUCUCCGUCUCGCUGCUUCCGAGCACAAUUUAAACCUUCGGCAGCUUCGUGUAUUUGGUCCUUCUGUUGAUUACCCCGUUCUUCCGAUGGCGGAGUCGACGUGUUUUUCACAGAUAUUUUUCCUGGAAACUAACAGGUGA